UUUCAGAGGGAGGACUGUUGAAGCUGGAAGUAUACAACCACUCAGUCACACACCCACUGACACACACACCUCCUGACCCAGCGCCUGUACAGAGGAAAAACUUGUCUCCCAUCCUUUAACACAGCACAGCAUCGUUGUAUCCCGACAUCCAAAUGGCGAACAAGGUGAGAGAGGCACCUCAGGUAGGCAUGGCCAACAAAGGUCCAUCUUACGGCAUGAGCCGGGUGGUGCAGGACAAGAUCGACAAGAAGUACGAUACUGAGGUGGAGGAGCUGUUGGUGCAGUGGAUUGUGGCCCAGUGUGGAUCUAACGUUGGCAAGCCUGAGCCCGGCAAACUGGGCUUCCAGGACUGGCUCAAGGACGGAGUUGUUCUCAGUGAGCUCAUUAACAGCCUUUACAAGGAGAACAAGCCUGUCAAGAAGAUUGCCAGCUCAAGCAUGGCCUUCAAACAGAUGGAGCAGAUCGCACAGUUCCUAACAGCCGCGGAGAACUACGGCGUCAUCAAGACGGACAUGUUCCAGACUGUGGAUCUCUGGGAAGGGAAGGAUCUGGCUGCCGUCCAGAGGACACUGAUGUCACUUGGCAGUGUGGCUGUUACCAAGGAUGACGGCAACUACCGCGGCGACCCCAACUGGUUCUUCAAAAAAGCCCAGGAGAACAGGAGGGAGUUCUCGGACGACCAGCUGAAGGCAGGGAAGGGUGUGAUUGGCCUGCAGAUGGGCUCCAACAAAGGGGCCACCCAGUCCGGCAUGUCAUACGGGGCCACCAGGCAGAUCCAGUAAGAACCAAAUCAUGCGCGGAUGUCCCCUCACCUCUCGCCUGCCCCGCCCUCGGCCAACCUUCACCGCAGCUCAGACAGGCCCCACACACCAAGUCCAAAUGCCUCGACUACUCAAUGCCAGUGAAAUAGUCUCGGUAGUAUCACACAACACUACGACCAGGCCCGGUCGACAACAAGUCUAGGCUGCAAGUACAUUAUGUGAAAUACAAGUCUUAAGGUGAAUGGGAGAACGUCUAGCCGUCAAUCACACGUCCUCGACAGCAGGAGGCUGAUAUCAGAUUCAUGGAGACGGCACGGAACUCUGGCACGGAAGCAACCAAGCUACACCUUCAUAGUAACAAGGACAUUUUAUCCAAUUGUAGAAAAAUUAUACAAGGCUGAUUUCAGAGAUAACUGAUGUGGACAAGAAACAAGUUAAAUGCAUCUAAAAGGUUAUGCAUGAUUUUCUCAAGUUAACGGUCUUUGUUCUAUUGCCUCUACCAAUCCCAGCCUUACUGCUAGUCUCUGUAACAGCCCCAUAUUUUUGUACAUCGUCUUAUUAAAUAAUGACUUUGAAAUAAAAAGUGUGCCAGGU